UAAAUGAUAAUAAAUAAUUUAAUAAUAUUUAAUGACUUUUAGUGAUAAAACCCCUCAACUAAAGAUGAAUCGUAAAAAAAACCCUCAACUAAAAAUCCAGUGAAAUAAACCCUCAACUUAUAAACCGUUAACAUUUGUUACCCUCCGUCACGGUUUUUUAGACGGAGGGUAACAUAUGUUAACGAAACUAAAGUUGAUGGUUUAUUUCACUGGAUUUUUAGUUGAAGGUUUUUUUACGAUUCAUCUUUAGUUGAGGGGUUUAAUUACUAAAAAACCCAAAAAUAUAAGACAUUUGUAGUGAACUAUACUCUCAGAAUUAUUAUUUUAGUUAUGAUAUAUACAUUUAUUGGUAUAUAUAGAAACUCUGAACCAUCAAUCGCAAGAAGACACAAGCGCAUAUUUGCAAUCUUAAUGGCACUCUGGAUUCAUUGACCAGGAUUUCUCCAAAUCAGAAACCAUUGCUUCCUUUUUAUUUAUAUCUUUUACUAUUUUAAAAUAUGUGAGCAGGUAUUAAUAUUGUGUGAACUACUUGUAGAUUUUUCUACUAAGAAAAGAUUUAAAAAACUACUAUAUAUAUAAAGAAGGCAAAUGUGCAGGGUUUCAACUUCUUUCUAAAAAAUAAAUAACAUUUUUCAAAUGAAGUUACAAUUUAACAAAAACAACAAAUUUUGUGGAUGCGAUAAAUAUACAUCGCCAUCCCCAACUUGCAAUCCCCAUAGGAUGAGAACUAGAGAAAGUGGGCAUCUAAAAUAUACGACAAAAAAAACCUGCAACGUGUUACACAGUAGCAAAAUUACUACUUCCUCCGUUCGGGAAUAGUUGACGUUUUAGUGAUUUUCUUUUGUGUCAAUAUACUUGACGUUUACGGAGUCCAAUGCAAAUAAUGAUAUAAGUUGAUGUUUUUACCCUUGUAAUAUUAACGUGACUUCUAGCAUCUUUAUGACUAAAAAGCUAAUCUAAAACAAUUGAAAAGGUUAAAAUAUAAAUUGUAUCAGUUUUCUUAAUGUUUGUGCAAAGCUGGAAAACGUCAAAUAAAAAAGUACGGAGGGAGUACAUUCUUAGUUUCAGCUGUUUAUGUUUUUCGUGUAUAAAUAAAAAAAAUUACGCAUUGAGAGAUUGUUUUAUACUAAUCGUAAUUAGAAUCAGGUUGUUGGGAAAUCUGAUAUUCUGCCAUGUUUUGUAAUAAAUACAACCAAAUUAUAAGAAUCAUAGUUGGAAUUAUAAACUAAAAUGUUUUAGUUUGUUUUACCAUAAUUAUAAUUUAUGUAUUUUGUCAAAGCUCUAUGGAAGACGGCAUAGAUGUCCUUCGGCAAAAAUUAUUUGUUUUGUAAACUGUUAUUUUAGAUUUGUACACACAAAUUAGAAAAAUAUUUAAUUUUACAUAAUUUUUUAUAUAAAAACAUCAUUAUUCAUAUACCUAAUCAUAUUUCAACAAAUAAAAAAAUAAAAUUAAUAAAUUCUGCAUUGAAAUGUUAAAACAACACUUUAUAUGAAACGAAUGGAGUACUUAUCACCCAAAACAAAAUUCACCAAACAAUUUAACGAUAAUGAAUGACACACUACUUUCAUUCAACAUAAAUGUUGUAAUAAAGAUUUAUCACGCGAGUUAAAAUGUCUGAUUAUACACUUUAUAAACCUUGAGUCUUGAGCUUCUAUUCCACUUUACAUUCUUUUUUUUUUAAAUGCUUGAAUCAAAUAUUUUCAUAUCAAGUCUUGCAUCGGUAUUAAUUUAAUAAACAUAAGAUAGUGUCACAUAGAGUGGUAGACAACAACGAUAGUCUAGUCAAAAUGGUUAGCGAAAGAAAAAAAAAGAUAGUCUAGUCAAAUGAUAAAAGAAAAAUAAUGGGUGAGAUUAAAUAUAAAUUUGUUCAAAACAAGUUUGUAAUCGUAUCUGAUUUCCAAUUUAUCGGGUAUAUUUUAUUUAUAAUACUUAUUUAUUAAAAAAGAAAAAAAAUUGAGCACAUUAGAAUAGAUACAGUGGAAAGAGAUAUUUUUUCACGAAUCAUCUUUCUUACCCAGAACCGGUCCUAUAAAUCUAAAAGCUACAAGCCAAAACAAAUAGUUUUAGAAAACUUGCUUCUCGAGCUAUUUCAAACUUAUCCAACACAUAGAUGGUAUAGAACAAAAUAUACAAUGGCUAUUUGAUAUGCAUAUCUUUGAAAAAACACAAUAUUUUAUAAUUAGUUUAUCUGAAUUACUUGAUUUUAUUUCUGUAACACUUUUAUAUUGGUUUGAAAUUAUUACAAAAUAUUAAAGUAUAAAGAAAAACUUAAUGAUUUUUUUCCACACUAGAAACAACAUAGAUACAUUAAAACCUCUAUAAAUUAAUAAUGUGGAAUUUUAAAAUUUUAUUAAUUUAUAGAGAUAUUAAUUUACAAAAAAAAAAUUAUUUAGAUUUUUAUUUUAAGAUAUAUUUAUUAUAAGAUAAGAUAAAUAUUUGAUUUUAGUGCAUAGACAUUAAUUUUUUUGUUUUGAAAUUUAACAUUUAUAUUAAUUAUAUUAUUGGUGUAUGUAAUAUAUAUUGAAUAGAACUUAAAUAUGUUUAGAUAAGAAUCCGAUGACGAAACUUAGACGUUAAAUUUAACAUUUACUUUACCUUUAGACAAGAAACUUAAACGUUAAAACUCAAAAAUAACUUGACUGGGAACUUAAGUAAUAAGAACCGAUUGACGAAAAGCAAUGCCGAGAACCGUUGCUGCAAAAUCCACAUGUAUAGAUAGAUUGGUGCUAAAAAAUAUAUUUAGAUUUAAGUUACCAUAAUCCAGUUGGUAAAAUUAUUUGGCUUUAAUUUCCCAAAUUUUGAUGAUUAUUAUUUAUUACAUUGUCCGAUUUGAGAUCGAUUAAAAACUGAGUGGUCAAAUUUAUUAGCUGAUCUGAAGAUGCUAUUUCUAAUAAAAAUGGUCUUAGAAACGUCACUGUAAAUUUGAAGACGAAAUGACCAUAUCUCUUUGUUUUGAAGUAUUUAUCCCUCCCUCAAGAGUGGAUCAGUGUCCCUCCAAGAAUUUGUAUCUCUUUGAUUGAUGAAUAUAUCACAAAAUACAUGCUCAUUAGAAUUUUUUGUGUUAAGUAAUAUCAGAGAUUUCUUAUCUUCACAUGUGACAGAAAAAAAAGCUAUCAUUUCACCAAGAUGGCAAGAGAAGAGGUAUAGAUAGUUUCUCCCAAAGUCUUCGUUUCUUUCUAUUUUUGAUACUGUUAUUGGGGUUUUUCUUCUGUAAUUAGAAAACUGUAAAAACAUUUUUAUUUAGUUUUCCAAUAUCUGUUAUUGGGAGAUAUAUUUAAGAUAAUGAAGGACUAUAUAUAAAUAUCUCCAUUAACUUGUUUGUUUGUGAUUCUAUAUAUAAAUAUCUCCAUCAUAAUAAACUGAAAAUGGAGUCUGACACAUAUAUUUAAGUAACUUAUGCUUAUAAAUUAUAAUUAGUCAGUUUGAUUUUGAUAAUAUAGAAUAAAAACAAAGAUUAAGAAGAAAAAGGGGGAAAUGUAACAAUGAUAAGGGGAAUGAUUCGGAGGAUGACAUAAGAAAACAAGCCCAUUGGAAAAUUGGAAGCUGUGUUCUUGGGAAAGUACCUGAGAGACAAUAAAAGAGAAGCUUGUGAAGUCACAUGGACUCUUCUGGACGUAUGUUCAUGGCUUCUUCUCUUAUUUUUCUUACUUUUUUUCCUAAAUUGAACUUCACUUUAAACGUCUACAACAAAAACAAUACUUUUAUAUGAUCAAUACAAAACAAAUAUCAUUCAUCUACUACAAUGGUAAAAUGAUGAACAAAUUGAUUAAAAAUAAACGUAUUCAUUCUAAAAAAGAGGAUGAUAAAGAUAUUUUUAGAUGAUAGUAACCAAAAAAACAUUUUGAUAAUUAGUUGUUUUGAUGAUAUAUGUAUAACAUUAGGUACAAAAAUGUAUAACAUUAGGUACACAGAUUCAAAAGAGACAAGAUUAUUGCAUGCAAUAAGAUUCUUUGUAUGAUCAUGAAGUUUUGUCCUCAAGUUUUAUGUUCACAUGUGAUUUUUUGUUUGGAGACAAAAUGGUUCAGAUUUUAAGAUCCCAAGUGUCCGACCAAUUUGACUACAAAACGCAGCCCUAGUCACAUCUCUUUAAUUCUCCAACUUUUUUAUUCAUUUUAAAAUUAAUUUUGAUUAUAGUACCUAUUAUUUUGCAGAGUGAUUAGAUAAGAAUAAUCGAAAGAUGCCACUUAAUUUAAAAUAGACAACUUUUUGUUUCUGUUAACGAAGUUUUUAAUACACAACCUGUUUUAUCAAUUUCUUACAUAUCAAGUGGACAUCUUGAUUUUAAACAAAUGUGUAUAUUAUCAAGAAACAAAUUUGCUAAACCUGGCAUUAUGCGAUAUCCACCCGCCAAAAUAAAUCUUCUUUUGGUUGUUUUUUUUUAUCAUCUGAUAGUAGAAUUUUGGAUUUUUGUAAGUUCAAACAAAUACGAAGCCAUUAAUUUUAUUUUUAUAUGUAUGAACUACAUUAUAUUUUUAUUUAAAGUUAAAUCGAACAGGAUUAUAACUAGACGACCGAAAGCCUGCAAACAGAAUCUCUUAUUUGGUCUUGUGGUCUACAAUCACACGUGCGAAGUUGCAUGGUUUAUGUAUGCAUGUAUCUUUAUCAUUUUAUGUAUCUAAUUAGCAACUAAUCCCUCCCUUUCUAAGAGAUAAAUAUUUUGUAAAAAGAUUGUUUCUAACAAAUAUUUUUCUAGCGGGUGCACACAAAAAAUGUUUCUAGCGUUUUCUAUUCAUUUUAUAAGUUAAUAAUAGAACAACGUAAAUAUAGAAAAAUAAUUUAUUAAUUAAAAGCUAUUGGAAAUAAUUUAUCAUAGAUGAUAAUAUACUAUUUGUUUACAAAUUUUAAUAUGUGUAUACACACGAAAAUGUUUAUGUUUUAGAAAUAGAGAGAGUAGUAACCAUAGAUUCAAGCUGAUUAAUUGAUUUAGUUCACGAAUUUGGAUACAAAAAAGUUUUUUUUUUUUUUUUUUUUUUUUUGCAAAAUUAAAGUUUUUCUUGUAGAAUUUUCGACCAACAAAUCGGUACAAAACGUGAAAGCGAAAAAACGAAAAAUUAAUUGACGAACUGACUGUUGACAAAGAAAAAAAAAAACACGACAAAACUAAACACUCUUCACAAAGCUUCUCUCAUCGACCGAACCGGGAGAGCCACAAUAAACAAAUACAAAUUUGUUUUAUCUCCAUACUCUCUUUCACUCUAUUAUUUUCCUCCGUGCAGGUGACUAUUCUUGAGAGUUUAAUAUCUGCUAAAAUCAAUUUAAAAGGAAUCUUUAUAUAAUUAACUACAAUCUUAGUUUCCUUUAGUGGGUCUUAACCCUUUUGCCUUUGUUUCCCCCUCAAGAUAAAAAAGAGAGCAACAAACACUUUCUGUCUAAAUUGUGUAUCCUCUCAUUCUCUUUCCCUCUCUUGAUUCUCAAUCCGUUUUUCUCAUAAUUUUUGUUUUAUCUUUUCAACAUUCUCUAGCUAAAAAUGCCUUUAGAGUCUGUUGUAUACCCCCAAGAUCCACUCAGUUACCCCUCCACUUGCAAAGAUUUCAUGUUCCAGGAUCUGUACUAUCAAGAAGAGGUAGUAGUAGCUCAAGACACGAAGAAUAACAUGAAUAAGUUAGGGCAAGAACAGAGCUUUGUGGAAAACGAUAAGGAGGAAGAUCGUCAAUGGCGAGACUAUCAUCAAUACCCUUUACUCCCUUCGUUGGAAGAAGAACUUGGUCUUCCCGCCAUCGAUAUGGAGAGUCAUCCUCCUCUGCAGCAGAGGAGGAAGAGGAGGAGAACUAGAAGCAACAAGAACGUGGAAGAGAUCGAGAACCAGAGAAUGACUCACAUCGCUGUCGAGAGAAAUCGCCGUAAACAGAUGAACGAGUACCUAGCCGUGCUCCGUUCUCUAAUGCCUUCCUCUUAUGCUCAAAGGGGAGAUCAAGCAUCGAUAGUAGGAGGAGCCAUUAACUACGUUAAGAAAUUGGAGCACAUCUUACAAUCUAUGGAGCCUAAUAGGACCACGACCAUAACUCACGAAGCUAACACUAGCACUAGCUCGUUAGUGGAUCCUUUCUCAGAUUUCUUCUCUUUCCCUCAAUACUCGACAAAGUCAUCAUCAAUAACGGAAGGCUCAUCUUCACCGGCGGAGAUAGAAGUGACGGUGGCGGAAGGUCACGCGAACAUCAAGAUAAUGGCGAAGAAGAAGCCAAAGCAGCUUCUUAAGCUUGUAGCUUCGUUACAGAGCCUACGACUCACUCUUCUUCAUCUCAAUGUCACCACUCUGGACAACUCGAUUCUCUACUCCAUCAGCGUCAAGGUUGAAGAAGGGAGCCAACUGACCACCGUGGACGACAUUGCAACAGCUUUGAAUCAAAUCAUACGAAGGAUUCAAGAAGAGUCAUAAUGGGUUAGCUUAAAUUAUUUAGUUUCCAAUGUUUCUUUUUUCCUUAAAUGUAUUUAGAAGUUGCAUUUUUGUCUCCGGUAAUCAAUCAGUUGUCUUUAGCCUCUAUUCUAUGUCAUAUGUAUUUGUAAAAAAAGGUUGAAGUUUUUUAUAAAUGGUUUAUAAGUCGAAAGGUUGGUGAUUUGGCCGCUAAUGGUCAUACUAUACACUUGCCUAAUGUUCUUUAUGUGACAUGUUAACGUUGAUUACACGUAAUAAUUGAUUAUGGAUC